CCGACACACCCUCCCCCCGCGCCCAUCGUGCUUAAUAUCUGCGCUUCGCAUUUUUUUUUUUUGACUUGUGUUCUCUGCACGAAAAUGCGUACAAAGUCACACGGCCGAAAACAAAAACAACACGAGAAGCAGAGCGCAAAACAACAACAACACGUACCCAUAUGACCCCACACUGAGAGGAAAAGUCGCCGAAAUAUCACCGAAAAUGUGGUGCCACGGAAUUUCCGCUUACUGGAGGAGCUGGAUCAGGGCCAGAAGGGCGUGGGCGAUGGCACCAUAUCGUGGGGCCUGGAGAACGACGACGACAUGACGCUCACCUACUGGAUCGGCAUGAUCAUCGGUCCGCCUAGAACACCAUUCGAGAAUCGAAUGUAUUCACUAAAGAUCGAGUGCGGCGAACGCUAUCCGGAUGAGCCACCAACGCUCCGGUUUAUAACUAAAGUAAACAUUAACUGCAUUAAUCAGAACAAUGGCGUGGUUGAUCAUAGAUCAGUUCAGAUGUUGGCCAGAUGGAGUCGCGAGUACAAUAUAAAAACGAUGCUGCAGGAAAUCCGUAGGAUUAUGACCAUGAAAGAGAACCUGAAGCUGGCACAGCCGCCAGAAGGUAGCUGUUUUUAGUCGACAACAUCCGUUAGCAACACCAGCAGCAGCUGCAACAGCAUCGAAUGCAACGCGAGCGGGAGCAGCAUCCACACCCAGUAAGAGCCGGAAAACGAACCACCAUCAUCAGUCCAAAAGUCCAAGACCAAGGUGGCCACACGUGCGUGGAAUUAAAAAGAGAUUGUGUGGCGGCUGCUCCGCCGAGUUGCCAUCGGUGGCAGCGUAUGCUUAUUAAUGAACGUAAUAAAGAUCGAGUGCGGUUAUUGUGGCAAGAACAACAACCAAAUGCAAGCUAUAUACUAUAAGUAAAGGGAACAGCAGCGAAAAAUGCGAUAGGAGCGUCACUAUGAAGAGGUCGUCGUCGUCCCUUCCGUCAUGAACUAUGUCAUCGUGUUUGGUUACCUUACUCUUCUUACUACUUCAACUUCAGUCCCCAAACAAAACGAAACGAAAAUAUGAGAACUUCUUUUGAAUAAGAAAUAAAACAGCAGCAAAAGAAACAAGUUAAAUGCCUGAAUGUUUCAGAUUCAAAACUUCAAAUCGAAAAUUCGUAAACUAAUCGAACAGAAAAGUAAUGCAUAACAAUGAUAACGAUUAAUCAAGAUCACAGCGUGAGAUCCGAGCGUAAUUAUUGUUUUUUUUUGCCUAAACUAAAAAUUUAUUAAUUAUAUACAUAAAGCAAAAUAUAUAUUAAUUUAAAUAAAACCAACAUGUCGAACACAAUUUUUGUAGACGGCGCCAGUACGAACGUUUUUUUUUUUUGUUUAUCAUUGAUGAAGCGAUUUUGUAGUUGAUUUUAUAUUCUAUUCUUUCGAAAAUCUUCCUCCCGAAUCGCUUGGGACGAGGGACGCGAUUUAUAAUCAUUGAAUUGUGGAAAUUAUAGAUAUAUAUAUAUAUAUAUAGAAACACACACACACUAAGCCGAUGAGCAAAUCGAGCGGACAGAACGAUGAACGAUGAUUAAAAUAAUACUUUAAUUUAAGCUUCUAAAUAAAACAAUUAAUCCAAU